UUUUGUAUUUUUUAAGAUGGACACUGUUGAGGAGAAAAGUGAAAUUUCAAGAACCAUAGAAAUUUUGAACGCUACUAAUAGUGUUACGUUAGAUAUACCCUUACCUUCAAAUCUUGAUUCAGCAAAUGAUGAUCAUACUCCUAUUGAUGUACAAAAUAACACCAAUAAAUUGAAUGCACAUUUUUGCGAACAUAUUGAUCAGCUAAAAGGACAGUGUAAGCAACGGGCUAUAAAUGGCUUUGUCUAUUGCAUCAGGCACAUACUUUUGGAUCCAAGUGCUCCUUACAGGCAAUGUCAGCAUAAAAGAAAGCCAAAAAAUAAACAUGAUCCUCCUGAUGCCCUUUGCACUAAUGCUAUCCGUUCAGCAUCUUCAGAGAUCUACUGUUCAACCCAUCUAAUAAUGAAAGGAUUAAAGGAUCCUAAAUUGUCUCGGAAAGAUUCAAAAUUGAACAAUAGUUCGAAAGCUUCAAGCUCUCUAGAUUUAGAAGACAUGUUAAAUUGCCGUAAAUCACAACAUCCUCACAAAUCUUCACAACUCUUUCACAAUUCAGUUGUUGAAAAUCUACAGACAAAGGAUGGCGGACCUUACCGUGAAACAAUUCCAUGGUCAAACAUAUCUUUAAAUCGACAACACGAUUUGGAAAAUAUAGACAAGAGAAGGUCGGAUAAUUUUUAUCCUCUUGCUGACCGAUUACUAAGGUCACCAACUAGACAGCUUAAUAUCGAGCCUUCUACGUCAUACGGAAGUGAAAAUGAUAAUAUUGGUUGCAGCCAGGAUACUUCGUUUUGUAUCAGUAAAACAUAUCCCCAACUAUCUGCCAAGCUUUUACACAGAGAAACGCAUAUUUCUGAAAAACAGAACACGCGUGAUGAGUGCAUAAUUUCUAAUGGGCCUAAUUCAAAUUUUAUGACACAUAAAAACAUUUCAACUGAAGCCAAAUUAAUGAAGUCUCCAGAAAGAAAAAUAGUUUCAUCGAACGAAUUUGUUUCGCAUUAUUCGAUCAACAAUUGUCAGACGCUUCCUGAAAUAAGAUCACAUCAAAACCAAAAUUUAACAGAAUAUGAUUUUCCGGCAUCUACAUUUAGUAGCAAUCUUUCCUCAUCUCUUUACUUUAUAAAUAGUGAGAAAAUACCUCGACAUUAUGAUAUAGAUAGAUUGGAACAAAAGUUGGCUGCUGAAACUGAGGAUGAGAAUGAACUAGUCAAAUUUCAACGAGAUUAUGCAAAUGAUUUUGAUGCUAAUUUUUCAACGAUGAAACGAAAACAAAAAGUAAUAAAACUGCGACAAAAAAGACAAAAAGUGCGAAUAGACGGUGUUUUCAGAAAAGUACGGGCGGUUGAUACAAUGUGUCGGGUUGUGGAGAGCUAUGAUUUUGACUGGACCGAUCUUUUUCCAUUGGGUAAAUAUUUUUCUAUGAUUUCUAAUUAG